GGUGGGUCGGCUGGCUUGUACACACACCGGCGAAGCUUCAUUUCCACCACACGGGAUUUCAUACACACGCCGCAGCCUUGCAGGGACGCGCUCCUGUUGAGUCCUGCCACCGUGGACGUGGACAGCAAAGAAAGCGAAAGGGGGCGGAGGAGCGAGGAGUCGUCUUUGGAGUACACGGCGCUGAGGUCAUCGGGCUGAGCCUUGGUGGUCCUUGGAAUAAACCACUUCAAUCCAGCCUGACGACCGCAGACCCAGCCCAGGAUCUCCACAUCCAGCGUCUUCACCUCCAUGAUGGUCUGAGAAUUUCUUCAUAAACUUUCAGAAACUAUCUCAGGUUUGUCCUUUUUUGGAAGAUCGACGACUUGACUUUUUAUGACAAUUUGCCAUGAAAGCGUCAAUUUUUUCACCGUUAAACAUGGCCGCCGGACCAGGCCGGUGAAAAAGGAGGAAGCGAAUCCUGAAGUCAAAGUCGUUUUUGGAACAUCUUGUUGCAAAGACGCCGUUAUGUGAUGAAUAUCUGGAUAAAAGUGGGUCAGCGAUGGAACCCAAGGGGUCUAAGAAGAAACCUGUGAUUCUCGACCAAGCCCAGAAUUGAACAUCUUUGAUCCUGUGGAUUAAUAUUCUCCUCAAACCCGAAGAUUUACCUUACUUUUUUUUUUUUGUGUCCUCCCCAAAAUUCCAUGUAAAUUGGACUAUCAUCCAAAAUGGCUUCGGUUUGGACAGUUUGGACACUGUUGGCAGCUUCGGGUCUUCUUGGAUGCUGGUGCCAGGUCUCAAGGACUAGUGGUCCGAGAAAAGCGGAGCAGGGGGAUUCUUCCGUGGAACGAGUCAAGAGGGGAUGGGUGUGGAACCAGUUUUUUGUGGUGGAGGAGUACACGGGCACAGAGCCGCUCUACGUCGGGAAGAUCCACACAGACUCGGACGAAGGCGAGGGAAACAUCAAGUACACCAUCUCGGGAGAAGGUGCCGGAACCAUCUUCAUCAUCGACGAGCUGACGGGGGACAUCCACGCCACGGAGAGGCUGGACCGCGAGGAGAAGGCCUUCUACACCUUGCGGGCGCAGGCCCGGGACCGCCUCAGCGACGACCCCCUGGAGCCCGAGUCGGAGUUUGUCAUCAAGGUCCAGGACAUCAAUGACAGCGAGCCCAAGUUCCUGGAGGGUCCUUACAUUGGCAGCGUGGCUGAACUGUCCCCCAUAGGAACGUCCGUUCUGAAGAUCACUGCGUCCGACGCUGACGACCCGUCUUACGGCAGCAGUGCCAGAGUGGUCUACAGCGUCCCGGAGGAAGAGAAGUUCUUCACUGUGGGCAGACACACUGGCAUCAUAAUGACAGCCGUGGCAGACCUGGACCGCGAGACGCAGGAUCGCUACGAGCUGGUCGUCAAGGCAACAGACAUGGCUGGACAAAUGGGCGGUCUCUCCGGCUCCACCACGGUGACCAUAGUGAUCACGGACGUCAAUGACAACCCACCACGCUUCCCGCAGAAGAUGUACCAGUUCAUGGUAUCAGAAGGGGCGGCUGUGGGGACGCCGGUAGGACGCGUGAUCGCCACAGACGCCGACAUGGGAGACAACACGGACAUGAGCUACCUUAUCCAAGAAGGGGGCGAGCUCUUCAAAGUCACGACCGACGCCAUUACGCAGGAAGCUGUGGUGUCCAUCAAGAAGCCGCUGGACUUUGAGAGCAAGCGCACCCACAAUGUUGUCGUGGAGGCGGUCAAUAAACACGUGGACCCCCGCUUUGUGGACCUGGGCACAUUCCGAGACCAGACCAUUGUGCGGGUCAGCGUGUCAGACGUGGACGAGCCGCCGCUCUUUCAGCCGGUGGAAGGCACAGUCAUGGAGGUGCAGGAGGACGCCAGAGUUGGAGCGCUGGUUGGCGUCGUCACAGCGAAAGAUCCGGAUGUAAAGAAUAAACCUGUCAGUUUCUCCAUCGACCGGAGCACGGACCAGGAUAUGAUCUUCCAUAUCGACCAAGAUUCUGGUGCCAUCACACUGGGCAGGAUUUUGGACCGCGAGACAGCUGGCUGGCACAAUAUCACGGUGACGGCCGUGGAAGCAGAUAACCACACCAUGGCGUCACAUUCAGCAGUGAAUAUUCGUAUACUGGAUGUUAACGACAAUCCCCCGGAAUUGGCCACGCCCUAUGAAGCCUCCAUUUGUGAAGAUGCCAAACCAGGCCAGAUAAUUCACACCGUCAGCGUGGUGGACAAAGACGAACCGCAGUCUGGACAUCAGUUCUACUUCACACUGGCCCCUGAAGCCUCCGGCAAUCAACACUUCACCCUGUGGGAUGUCAAAGACACCACCGCUGGCAUCCGGACGCAGCGCUCGGGCUUCAACCGCCACGAGCAGAAUGUCUACUUCCUGCCCAUCCUGGUGGUGGACAGCGGCCCCCCCUCCCUCAGCUCCACGGGCACCCUGACCAUUCACAUCUGUGGCUGCGACACAGAGGGAGCCAUCCAGUCCUGCAAUGCCACCGCCUACGUAAUGAGUGCAGCUCUGAGCCCGGGGGCGCUUAUAGCUCUGCUGGUGUGCAUGCUCAUCCUUAUAGUCCUGGUCUUACUCAUCCUGACGCUGAAACGCCACAGGAAAGGCCAGCGGAUGGCGGAGGACGAGGAGGACAUGCGGGACAACGUCAUCAAGUACAACGACGAGGGCGGCGGCGAGCAGGACACCCAGGCGUACGACAUGAGCGCCCUCAGGAACCUAUACGACUUCCCCGAGGCCAAGGGCGCCGACCCCGGCCCGGAUAUCCGUUCGCUGCCGCAGUGGAUGCAAGCCAACCGGUUGGCGGGCGGGGCGCGGGCGGAACUGGUGGCGGCCGACUUCUCCCUUUUCAAAGGCUACAUCCGGAAGAAGGUGGAGCAGGCCGACUCCGACCUGUCGGUGCCGCCGUAUGACUCCUUCCAGACGUACGCCUUCGAAGGCAGCAGCUCGCCCGCCCUCUCGCUCAGCUCCAUCCACACACUCUCCACCACCUCCGAACAGGAUUUCUCAUACCUCAGUGACUGGGGGCCGCGCUUCCGUCAGCUGGCGGGCUACUACGCCCCUGGGAAACCGGACGAGGACGUCUCCUAGCACAGAGUCGGUUCCGCAGAGACUUCCAACCCUCCUCUUCUUCAUCCUCUUUUUCAAAACUGUCCGGGAAAGAACACCUCCCGACGUUUUUUUUCCCUCCCGGGACGGCUAAGGAUGAGAUGUCAGUUCCCAAACUAUUACCAUUUCGCUUCAGAUGGCUGGUGACCAGACAGCAACGACACGGACAAAAAGUGUUGGGAGACACCCGGAUCGGUUCAUAAAGAUUUCAUACCCGAGUCAUACCAAAGACUAUAAAAAUGGGACCCGUUGUCUCCCUGCUUGGCAGUCAGUAUCCAAGGGUUGGAAUUGGGGGUUAAAUCAGCAAAAUGACUCCUGAGCGUGGCCACCGCUGCUGCUCACUGCUUCCCUCACCUCCCAGGGGGUGGAUCAAGGGGUGAUGGGUCAAAUGCAGAGGGUAAUUUCACCACACUUCAUGCGUGUGGUACUUUAACUCCUUUGGGAAGGUCCUUUUCCGGUCUUCGACACCCAUAAGGCAUGCUUGGAUGAGCCUGGUUUGGAAGUAGACCUUUGACAUGAACAAGGCCCUUUCUCAGGUCCAACAUAGGUGACCUCUGACCUACUUUGUGUAUUCCAAUACAAAAAACAUUACAUAACAAAACAAUAUUCAUUGUUCUUCAUUGAGAUUCCGAUUUUAAUUUAUAACAUCAAGCCUUAUCAGAGUAAAACCGUUGGGCCCUCCCUGACUCCCUAAAAUACGAUGUUUUAGUUUUUUAUUUGCUCACUCGCUGUAGAAACUACGGAUAUUGUAAUCUUUUCUUGGUUUUUCUCAAGCUGCUGCAUACAGUACAUCCUCACACUGCACCUCAACUUACAAGCUCGAUUGGUUCUAUGACUGAGCUCAGGACUACAAAAACUGACGUCAUCGUCGCCCGUUCAAAUAAAAUGAAUCCAUGGUCCUCGAAAAAAACAGCACAAUUUUUCGAUGAAGAUUGUGCACAAAAGGUUGGAUUAAAAAAAAUAUAUUGUAUGAAAAGCAAUACAAUAUUGUGUAAUACAAACCACUUCUGUAGUUUUAUGAGAUAUUAAAGGCCUACUGGAAACCCACUACUAUAAUACCAGUUUAUAUAUCAAUGAUGAAAUAUUAACAUUGCAACACAUGCCAAUAAGGCCUUUUUAGUUUAAUAAAUUGCAAUUUUAAAUUUCCCGCCAAGUGUCGUGUUGAAAACGUCGCGGUAUGAUGACGCGGGCGUUUGACGUCUCGGGUUGUAGCGGACAUUAUUUUCCAGCCCGAUCCCAGCUAUAAGUAGAGCUGUUUAUCUAUUUUAUGAAGGAGAACUAAAACCUAAUGUUAUUAAAAAAAGUAUUGAGUUUGAAUCGAUUCCAAAUCCAAUCGUUACCCCCAUCGAAUCGUGUUUUGCCCAAAGACUCACAGCCCGAAAAUGUACCCACAGAUAGCGGACUAAUGUGGUUUCUACUUGGAGUGGCUUCUCCGUCAUUGAACAAUAAGGAUUGAUAUUGUUGUUGACUUUGCACACGGACGUGUUUGAUUGACGGAUCGGCGGUCGGAGUUGACAGCAAGCGACAUGUUUGUCUGUGUCCUUGAUGAAUAAAUGAAAAAAUACGCAGUGAGAAGAGAAAUGUUGGAAUGUCUAUUUUGUAGAGUAUGAGGACGGAACGAACUGAAAAACGUCGAGCACACCGUCGGCAGCAUCUUCAUAUUUUCAUGGAUAAAUGUCCUCAGAUUGGCUCCUGCUUCUGUGUGGUGCGGAUUAACAUGUUUUUGAAAAGUUGUUUUUUUUAUUCUUGACUCGCUUUCUUCAUUUCAAUGUUUGAGGUGUGGGAUUGUUUCGAUGUCUGACCGUGGAUGUUUUUGGGCGGAUCAUACAGGGUUCAUUCUGACAAUCACGCCUCCAACAAGGGGUGGGCAGACUGUAUAUAUACAUGACAAAACCUGUAAGUUGAGGUACCGCUCUAUUAAAUUGAACAAAAAAAAUGACUCGGGCUAUGAUUAAAGGUGUGGUAUGUACAUAUAUAUAUAUGUAUAUAUAUAUAAACAUACUGUAUGUUUACAUGUAGAUAUAUAUA